AUGAGAGAGGUACACGUCAACAAUUACAAGUAUGAGGAUGAAUUGGAAUUUUUCAUCCAGUUCCUGAACAAAACUGCUCUUCAGGAGAUCGGUGCAAGAGAUACUGUUACAAUCGGAAAUCCUCCGCUUGAUUCGCCGACAGAAGAGGAAGUGGCCGAUGAUGUGGUCCGAGUUGAUGUGAGACACUCCCAAUCAAGCGCUUUAAAGAAGCUGCAUGACAUCAUCAUUUCUCCUAUUGAUGAUCUGAUGGAAUACAACGAGCUAACAUUCCUUCCUGAGAGGCCAUUUUGCCUUGCAUCUUUUGCUGUGUUGCAGGACUCGGACUCAUCGUAUGAAAGUGAUUCUUUCAGAACUCGUGUGCUUUCCACUCUUUUUCGACGUUGCAACUAA